ACAUCGUUCGUCAAGUUCGUACUGUAAUGGCGCGGGGUCACUCAAAGAGGGGAUUCUUAAGUUGUGUUCAGCCGUGGCCAUCGGGUCGAUGUUUUCAUGUCUUCCAUGAUGAUGCGAAUUUUAUUAUGUAGGCCACUAAGCAUGCACCAUGACCACUUACAAAGUUACAUUGGGAGAGGGGGACAUUGAUGAGUUCAAGAUCCAUGGUUUGCAUCAUAGAUUUAUCACUGGUACAUGUGAUAGUAUGGGCAAACCAACUAAAGUUUCCGUCGCAGCAACUGCAGUGAAGCAAGCAACAAAAAGAAAGGCAACACUGAGCACGUCCGUGGAUGACUCACCGAGCAGAGGCAAAAAGACAAGGAAAACAAGUGAAGAAAGUGAAAGUCCAAGUGCUUUUGAAGAAGAGAUUCGUAAAAGGGAAGGUUACACUGCCCCUCUACCCAAGCGCAGUAAGAAAGGAGACCUCAUCUUUGCUGAUUCUCCCGACAUCCGUCCCAACAUGACACCCUCAGAGGUGCUUCAAGCCGGUAGCUUUGGUGGGACCUACUUCCGGCCAAUCAAAUCUGGUGUCACAGGUGAGAAGUAUUCUGGAGUUUGGAAAGAGCUUCCCAAGGAGUGGCUACAAGGUCUCAACAUUGGAAAACAGAUUUCCUCUUCUGUGUAUGACGCUGAGGUGAACACAUACAAGGUGAAGUGUGGGGGAAGCUUGGAGAUGUGGGAGAGCAGUGGCUGGAUGCACAAACAAGACCCCUAUGGCUGGUUCCAGUGGUACUGUAGAUUUUACCUUGGUAGACGUACUGAUGAUGAUGCCCGUCAGAUAUCAAGAUGGUCACGGUGUGCUGGGGUCAAAGGCCGAUGGCGGAACAACCUCAUCGCAAAAUGCGUGCGUAGUGGCUGUGCCUAUGACAACUUUGCCAUCUCUCCUGUUGUCAGACAAACUCUGCAGCAUUGGGGAUAUCGACUGACCAAGGAAGACUUUGAUAAGGGAGCCAAGAGAGUCAAGUAGAUAUGAAGAUACUGGACCUAGAAGGGGUUGGUUGGGAAUUUAGACUGGUUGGUCAUGCUGGAACCUUAUAUUGACAAGAUAGGUUUGGGGGAUAAGUGGCCAAGGUUGCAUGCAGUGAGGGGGGCCACACUGAUAUUAUGGCAGCUCCCCACCCCGCUUUCCUACCCUCAUAGGCCCAGGAAAUUGUGAGAUGCACUGGAAUGUAAAUUCAUAGUAAUAAGGAUGAAACCCAGGGUUUUUUUGGAUUGAAAUUUUGUCCAUUCUCUUCCCAGCAAAGGUUAAAACUGCCUGUCCAUCCCUCACAAAAUAUUUGAAACUGAUGGAAAGAAUUGUAAAGAUUUAUUCUCCUGUACUAAAGAUUCAUGUAAAAACACAGCAUUUGUAAAGUUUGUACAAGAAAGAAAAUGCCUGUCCAGAGUUUUUUCGCCUACCCUCUGGACAGAUGGGCAGAUGAGAUACUGAAGGCACCAUUGGCCACCUUUUAUAAUUGUUGAGUGUGACAGUUAUCAGAGUCUCACACAUUUGUAGAGAAGGUACGUACAUGAAGUAUUGUCACUAAGCACCAAUUAUUUGCAUAGUAUUGUUUGCGACAUUUCUGUUGUACAUUCUGGUAAGAUGUGCAUCGUGUACAUUACUGCUGUUAGUAAGGCCUGAGUGAAGAAAAUACAGACCCUUGAUUUUAAUUCUUAUGAAAUUUGAUGCCAUUGAAAUGUUUUUUUAUCACAAACUCAAACAAGACCAACCUACUUUUUUAUCUCAUCAUGUGAAGUUGUAAAUAGAUCAGCCAUAAUCAUUUUCAAGAUAAAAAAUGGUCCCAUGCUGUCCUCUUUGUAGUUGUACCAGCAAUGUUGUUAUCGGGGAUUUCAGUUGAGUGUGUAAACAAUGAAUUAUCUAGCUUAUGACAACUGUGCACCUCACGUGAUGAUUUUGGUUUGUGCAUAACUGUUAAGAUAUAAUAAAUAUUUAGUAGCUGUAUUUAUAGUAGGUAUUUUUGCCUUUUUUAAUGAUUGGCUUCUCCGAGUGCUUUUGCCUGCCGUUUUAAAUUUAUUUUGUAAUGGUUAUUUUUUGGUAGUUUCGAAAAGUAAUAUGGGGUCAUUCUUAUUUGUUUCUAAAGUAAUAAAUGGAUAGAAGGGCUGCGAAAUUCUCAUCUCGUAAUGUCCUUGUUUGCCUUCAUGCAAA